AUGGACAACAGUCCUCCCCCCAAGCACCCAUCCGUCGGCCAAAAGCUCACCGGUAAGCAAGAAGAGCAGAUGGAGAAAUCUAUCAGGCUGCUGAAAAGCAAGAUGGAAAAAGACCAGUGGGAGGCCGCGAAGAAGAGGAUAGCCGAGGAGGAGAGAAAGGCCGAGGCCGAGACCGCCGCCGAGCAGCAGAAGAUGAAGGAAGCGGCCGAGAAAGUAGAGGCACUGGCACUCAGUAGCAGGGGCAGGACCAGUGCCACCAACACCGAUAAAGCCACUGCGGAAGCCGGUGUGGAAGCUGGUGAGGGGGAUCACUCUGUUGAUCCCUUGAGUGCUGGGGCUUUCUGA